AUGACAGUACAUGUACCGAACGAAGUACGCCUCGUGGUCGGCACGUCCGCGGCGGCCGACGACCAACAGCUCCAGCAGCUGGUGGACAGGCUGAACCGGGGCGAGCUCCGGCUGCCGUCGGUCGGUUCGAUCUCUCCGUCGCCGUCCAAGGCUGCAGGCGCGCUGGACAGCGCGACGAUGGCCAGCACCACGGCCUCCGCCCCGCUCGCAGCGUAUGCGCCUCCGUACUCGUCCACCGUACUGCCACAGUCGACGGUGGUGCAGCUGACCGGCGGCGGUAACGGCAAGCGCCGCGAACCGCCGGCCGCGCCGCCGUCGUAUUUCCCUACCCCGGCGCCUCCAACGACUACCACCGCACUGCAUCAGCAACACCAAUACCAAAACUUUUUCCUCCCCACCGCCGUACCGACCGAAACUGUAGCCGUCGCCACUACCGUCGGACAACAACAGCAUCAGCACAACAAGUACCAUCACCAUCAACAACAACAGCAGCAGCAGCAGCAACAGCAGCAGCAGCAGCAGCAGCAGCAACAACAACAACGAAAACAGCAACAACAACAACAGUUUUACACACCGCCGACAAUUACCCCGUCGGCGGCGUCUUACACGCCAACUCCGGCGAAUUCCACUUUGUCAUACUUUAACAACAACAACAACAACAACAAGGCGAAAGAAGGCAAGUUCAGUGGUGCUCUCCGCCGCCGUGGCUAUUACGCGAUGGCCAAAUACAUGCGACAAGCCGGCGUGGACGCUGUGCUCGAAGAGACGGGCCCGUUUACUGUGUUCGUGCCGACGGACAAGGCGUUCAGAUCACUAUUGGUGCAGCUGGGUGGCCCCGAUCGUGCCGAGGACAAGUUCCGCGAAAACCCACGUUUGCUGAUCGGACUUUUAUUGCAUCACGUUGUGCCUGGAGCGUUCAGAGUGUCUGACUUGAUGGCAGGAGACGAAAUGACCGGCGUUAGUUUGGCGGGCACGCAGCUCCGUGCAAAUUUGUACGCCCGACAGCUGUACGACAACCGAUGGAACGAUAUCGAAGUGCUCACUAUCAACGGUGCCCGAGUGUUGGACGACGUUAAUCCGACGGCGUCUGCGGCGGCUAACGAUGGUUCUACUUUCGACGACGGCAGCAGUGGGUCCACCCAACAGCGUAGAGACAUGAUAUUGUCGUCAAAUGGAGGCGCAGGAGGAAGCAAUCAACAAAUCAUGGCUAUAGGGCACGCAGUUGACCGCGUGUUGUUCCCAUUACCGGUUGGUGACGUGCUCGCCACCAUGAGAGCCGACCGACAGCGGCGGUACAACGUCUUCUUGCGAGCCGUGGACGAAUACUGUUCGCCCAACGUGCGAUCGCUACUCACCGGUUCAAGAACUAUGACGGUGUUUGCGCCCGUAGAUGAAGCGUUCCGCGUACGCCGCGGUUCUGGAAAUUAUAGCAGCAGCAGCAGCAGCAGCAGCAGUGGUUCAAUAAUCGAUUGGAUGCUUAACGAGGACGCCAGCAGUAGGCUCAAAAAACGAAAUCGUCGGCGGGUUGCUGACCGGUUCAUCCUCAGCCACGUGGUGUUGGCAGGACCGGGUGACCCGCCCAUGUACACGGCCGGAUUGCGAUUUUACCAGGUCAGGGACACUGCGUAUCGGCUUCCAGAGAGCGGCGAUUCUGCGGCGGCGGCGGAGGACGACGACGACGGAGCAGCGGAAGAUUUCAACGGUGGCGGAGACGAUGGAAAUUUAACGUUAUCGCCAAAUGACGGUGAAAAAUCUCGUUUCUAUCAGUUGACUGUGUACAAAGACUCGGGCAGGAUACGGCUGAACGGUGGUGCCGCUCAGGUGUUGGUCCGCAACGUCCCGGCUACCAACGGUGUAUUGCACGGACUGGACGCACCAUUAGUCUGACGGAUGACCUCCCGAAAGAUAGUACGAUGAUCGAUCGACGACAACAUCUGUGCAAGACGCUUGCACACAACGACGGCAGUCAACGUCGAGUGACCGUUUUUAUUUAUUAUAAUUAUUAUUAUUUUAUAAUUUAUGUCAUACCUAUUACCUAUAUUUUAUUGUAUACACUUUUUUUUUUCUAUAUAUUUUCAAUUAUUUUGUAUACACUAUUGUAGUAGGUUUCCUACACACUAUUGCUGUAAUUUUUUUUUCCCAGUGUAUUUCGUAUAAUACACGUUUUAAUAAUAAUAUUGAAAUUAACGUAAUAUACACAACUCGCCACAUCACAAGUGUCCAUAAUAUCAUUAUGCACUUCUGAGUGUAGAAUUUUAUGUUUACCGAAUGUUUUUACCAUUUUACUAGUGA